CCUCCCAAGCUGAGGGCCGAGCUCGCAGGACUAGGGAGGCCGCGCAGCGCUGCCGCUAUGAGCCUGGGCACCACAGAUCUGGCCUCGGAGACGGGAGAUGACAGUCUGUCUGCUAUUACCUUUGAUUCUGACUUUGAGUCGAAAACAAAAAGAAAAAAUUUCCACAAACCUCCUUCCACAUCACCAAGAUCUGAGCUCAUUCUGCUACGGAGGCCCUUCUCUUCCUCCUCCUCAAAGGACGAAGACUGCUUUCUGCCUCUAGCUGUGACUGAAGGAGACAGCAUUUAUAUAAGGCAACAGCACUUAAAUAGGGUUGGUCCCCAGUACCUGCAAGGCUGUCUGGUGUUGCCUUCCUUACAUAUGCAGAAAAGUGAUGUGGAUCUGAUGAGAACAAAACUUCGGCGCUUGGAAGAGGAGAACAGCAGAAAGGAUCGGCAGAUAGAACAGCUUCUGGAUCCAGGUCGAGGCCCAGACUUCGUGCGAACCUUGGCAGAGAAGAAGCCUGACACUGGCUGGGUCAUCACCGGGCUCAAGCAGAGGAUCUUCAGGCUGGAGCAGCAGUGCAAGGAGAAGGACAACACUAUUAACAAACUGCAGACAGACAUGAAGACCACCAACCUGGAAGAGAUGCGCAUUGCCAUGGAAACAUACUACGAAGAGAUCCAUCGUCUGCAGACCCUCCUGGCGAGUUCUGAAGCCACAGGAAAGAAGCCCACGGUGGAGAAGAAGUUGGGUGUGAAGAGGCAGAAGAAGAUGAGCAGCGCCCUGCUGAACUUAACUCGGAGUGUGCAGGAGCUGACCGAGGAGAACCAGAGCCUGAAGGAGGACCUGGACCGCAUGCUGAGCAAUUCCCCUACCGUCUCCAAAAUAAAGGGUUACGUAGACUGGAGCAAGCCCCGGCUGCUGAGGCGCAUCGCGGAGCUGGAAAAGAAAGUGAGUUCCUCAGAAAGCCCAAAGUCUGCUUCAGAGCUGGGCAAGCCAAAUCCCCUGGUCCGCUCCCCAUCCAACAUCUCAGUGCAAAAACAGCCAAAAGAGGACCAGUCCAAAGAGGACCAGCCCAAAGUGGAUCCGUCUGAGGACCAAGAGCAUCUCCAAGGAGCCCUGAAGAGCCUGAAAGAGGAGCUGAGUGCACUGCAGGAACAGCUGCUGGAGAAAGACCUGGAGAUGAAACAGCUGCUACAGUGCAAGGUGGACCUAGAGAAGGAGCUGGAGACAGCUAGGGAAAGUGUGAAGAGGAGGCGCGAGCAGGAGCAGGCUUGGAGGGAGGAAAUUGAAACCCUCACCAAAAAGUGUCAAGAACUGGAAGAAGCUAGGAGACAAGAGAGAGACUCCUUCAUAGCAGUGACUCACGAGGCUCACCCAGAACAACAUGCACCCUCAACCAGCAGCAAGCACUCCGAGCCAGACUCCGACAACAGUGCUGAUGAGGAGGGUAGCUCCCAGACCCCUGCCCUGUGCUCCGAAGAGAGGAGAGAGUCUGCCGUCAGGACCCUGCAGGCCCAGUGGAAGGCCCACAGGCACAAGAAAAGAAAAGCAGCUUUGGAUGAGGCAGCGACUGUGCUCCAGGCGGCCUUCAGGGGACAUCGAGCUCGUUCAAAGCUUGUACGAAGCAAAGCCCCAGACUGCAGGUCUCCCAGCCCUCUUAACCAGAGCUCUCCUAUACCCCGUGUCCCAAGCCCCAUCUCCCCAGCUGAGGACAACCCAGCACAAGAGGAGGCCAUCAUCGUGAUCCAGUCCAUCCUGCGUGGGUACCUGGCCCAGGCCAGGUUCAUUGCCAACUGCUGCCGAGAGAUAGCCGUGUCCUCUCAGAGGGGAGCUGUUUCAGUGACGCCCUCAGAAUCCAUCUCCCCACCAUCCCUCGCAGCUUCUCCCGGAAAGGACAGCGAGGCGAGCGGUGGGGAGGCUGCUGAGGAUGAAGAUGAGGCAGAGGAGCCGCCAGACCUGCAGCCCUACUCAGGAGCAGUCAGCGUAGGGCUCUGUGCCGCGGAGGAGCUGAGGCAGACGGCUGCAUCGGAACCUGCUCCCGUGGUCCCCGACUCCCCCCGAGGUGGCCGCGGGGACUGCCCGUCCUCAUCCAGUCUGGAGGCUGUGCCCAGUGGGAAGGACACGAUGUGCGAGGACAGGAGCAGCAGCACCGGGAGUGCAGGGCCAUCCCUGGCUGAGCUCUCUCCCCCAAGACUGCAGCCCUUGUCCCCGCCACCUGCGGAGGACAUCUGCUCAGAUGACUCAGAUGACGUCAUCUUUUCGCCAUUCCUGCCCAGGAAGAAAAGCCCCUCCCCGUUCUAGGACCCCAGUCGUGCCUCCAGGUGAGGUGGCUGUGGGGACAAGUUAGAGGACUCUGAACCUAAGAAGAUGGCUGUCUUGCUAGGGAAGAGCCCUGCCUCGCUCGGGAACACCUCGGCCAUCCGUUUUCUUAUGUGUCGUGCCCAUGCCUUUGAGGGAUCCUGGUGACUCUGCUCUCUGGGGAUGGAGGGACGGACGGACGGAAGGAGGGAGGGUAGCCAUCUCCCACUUCCAUUUCUGGCUUCAGCCCGUGUGUUUCUAGUGCCCACAGAUAACGUCCACCCCAAGCCAGGGCAGCGGCAAGUCCUGCGUGCCCUCAACCUUGGCACUGUCAGCUGCCAUGUAGGCCUAGCCUUCCUGGUCCACUGCUGCCCAGUGCCUUCACAGGUGCUACAGUUAAGUCUCCCUUGCCACAGCAGGGUGCAGUCAUAGGAGAGCCAGCAAGAAGCUAUGGACAUCAGGGUUCCCAUCUGAGUCCCUGUCGCAUGGGCUCCUUGUUCCUCCUGUUCUUAUCCCCCACCACCUCCAUCCCCCCCACCCCAGGAGGAUGAACUCUGGGAAGAGUACCAGGCAGCGGCACACUGAAUGGUACAACCGCUAAUGAGAAGCAGCCCGAGGAUGGCUCAGGUCACCCAGACACAAGGCAGACAGCAGGGCCAGGCGGCAGUCCAUUGUCCCAGAGGAGAUAAUGUCUCAGGGAAGGACAAAUUCCAGUACGACCCUGUCACUAGUAGUACAGAGGUACCUGCAGGCCACCAGUGCCAUCUGGCCCACUCAUCAUCCAGCAGCUGGAGGUGUUGGUCCCCUGUCUGUGAAAUUAGCCCCUGUCAGUGGGUGAGAAGGGGGGACUUUGGGCUUGGGCAGGGUUUUAGAAGUAUCCAGAGUGAGCAGUCAUGAGUUGGGGUGGGUUCCAUGUAGCUUAGGCCUGCUGCCCAAGUGUCCCCUCCAGAGUGCCUGUUGGACUGGCUGCCGGUGGUCUCCAUAGGUCACUGGAGAUGGAACUUCCUGGUUUCAUAGAACUGGCAUUUGUCUCAGGAAAAAACUAAUGUUAUAAGGUUCCUGCUUGGACUAGCCAGUGGGAACACCCAAGAGGUUUGCUUUUAGGGACCGUUUAAUUCCUGGCAUCCUUCUCCACGAAACACCUGCCUGAUACGGCACAUAGCAGGCUGGGCAUGGGACGCUCAGGAAGUGAGCUGGGCUUGGCAGUUAGAGACCAGGAAGAGGGGGCCCAACUUUGUCUACCUGCUCCUGGAAGGUUUAAGUACCCCUAAUACUGUGAUGGGACCAGGCACAGCUGCUUACCCAUUUUUUUUCCACCAGGGGGCAAAACACAACACAGCCAGGACCCUGGCUGGCUCAUUUGGCCUGUAGGCUGCCUGCCAAGUUAGUUUCUCAGUAAACUGCUGGUUACUUUACACUGCAGCCGACUGGAGCCCUCCGUAAAUCUGCUUCCAUGCCAGAAUUUGGUUGUGUUCCCUGUGAUUGAUGCCACCUCUGGAAGCUUCAGACCCCACCUGCUAAGGCAUAAGACAGCGGCUCCAGGUGGCCUUCCUGUGCCUGUACCUUCCCUGGGGCCAGCAGGGGUCCACAUACCGCCCUGUCCCCCCUCCCUGGUUUAACAGCAGCUGUUUGUGCACUGAGUGUUCUGAGUGAGGGAGCUGUCACGAGCUGGGAUGGGGUGUUUUCACCUUCACCUGAAGGAGUGCUCCACCUCGGGAAAAGGGGCUGUGCCAGAUGGCACCCCAGCUGCAGAGCAGGGCCAUCUUGUACACCCAGCCUGGCUAGAAGGUAGCGAGGUCUGCUCAGCCCCUGCACUUGGGUUUUCUACGAACAUGCCUCUGAAAAACAGGAAAGCUGUAACCCUCCUGUGCUUCGGUGUAGCAGCUAAUCUAUUAAAGGUAAACCCUGUUGGAAAGCUGCCCCAGUAAAUGAGGGUGCCCAAA